UCACUAAUACACACGCCAACGCGAAGUGCGCCGUCCUUCGCGGUGCCAUGCUCGCUGUCCCCAGCCUCGGCUGUCCCACGCCCGUUUCGGACGUGCCCUUCUCGCCGUAGCUCGCACUCGGUUCACUCGGAUCGUCUCGCCGCAACCACCUCGCUACCGCGCCACCAUUGUCAUUACCUUCCCCCGCCUCCUCCCCCCAUGACUUCCGCUCUCCGCUCGUCCGCGCGCCACCUGCGCUCCGCCCUCACCGCCGCUGUUGCGUUACCCUUUCGCCCUUCCCUCCCUAGAGCGCCGUGCAUGGCCGCCGCCGUCGAGUCGUCUCCGCCUCUGCCGCUCGCCUUCCAACGCCCAACGCGGCCGCCCCGUCCGACCAGCCUUGCGCCGUGCUGCGCAUCACCACCAGCGCAGCCUGCGCGCCUCCGCGGCGCCACCUUGGCAGCUUCCUGCGCGGCGGCCUUUGCAGCGGCGGGGCGGGGCGCGGCGAGCGCAGGCGCCAUGGCUCCCGUCGUCAGCUCGCCGCUCUCGCCGCGUCUCGCCCCGCCGCAAGCCCCCGCGGAACUGAGCACCCUCGUCGCCCCCACGCACGCCGUCGCCGGCGCCAUGCGCGCACUGCCCGCCCUCGCCACCUCGGCCGCCCUGGGCAGUCAAAGGAGGGGCGUAUUCGUGGAGGUCAGAAGGGGCGACGUGGACCGCGCCAUCAAGAAGUUCAAGAUCAAGCUGCGGCUGGACAACGCCAUCCGCGUGGCGCGUGCGCGGUCGCACUACUGGAAGCCGGCGGAGCUGCGGCGGCUGCGCACGCAGGAGGAGCAGAUCCGCCGCCAGCAGAGGGACUUCCGCCAGAAGCUCUCCUGGAUCAUGGCCAAGCGCUCGCGAGGAUUUUGAAGGCUUCGAGAUGCUUGGGGCGAUGCGCCCAGUGCCUUGGAACGGUAUGAGGCAUGCACGUGCAUGAUGUUGGGCUUAGAAUAGCCCUAGGAUCUUUUCAGAAGGCUAAGUCCUUGUAACAGAGUGCUUGAUGUUAGAAUACAAGAAUGACUAAAAACAAGAUAGAACAAGGGAGAUAUAGGUUGGAGUUGUACCCUUUAAGAACAUACACCUAUCUAGCC